AUGAAAGCGGCACUUAUAUGGACAAUUAAUGGUUUUCCUGCUUAUUCGAUGUUGUCUGGCUGGAGCACAUAUGGGAGACUGGUUUGCCCACACUGCAUGGAAAAUACGGAUGCUUUUACGCUUAAAGGGAGUAGAAAACAGUCGUUGUUUGACUGUCACAGAAAGUUAUUACCUCGUGGUCACCUGUACCGUCGUAAUACAACUCAUUUCCGAAAAGGAAAAACCGUAAACAAAGAAUUCGGACAGCCAAAAACCGGAGAAGAAUUGUUGGCAGAGGUGGACAGUCUAGGGUUUAUGAAGGCAUAUGAAAUUGGGGCUGAGAAAAAUAAUGCUGCGAAGUCGGAAAAUUACGAAGACCAUGCAAAAUCUAGAGAAGAGUUGAAUGACAUAUGUGCUCGGCCUGAGUUAGCAAAAGAUCCGGUUACUGGGAGAUUUCAUAAGGCAAUGUAUGCUUUGGACAUGGACGGAAAAAAGGCUUUGCUCGAGUGGAUUAAGUUAAUAAAAUUUCCAGAUGGCUAUGCGUCCAACUUGUCCAGAUGUGUCGAUACAAUCGGUAUGAAAAUGCAUGGAAUGAAAAGUCACGAUUGCCACAUUUUUAUGCAAAGACUUCUGCCAAUCGCUCUCCGUGAGCUAUUACCGAAGGAAGUUUGUGAGCCUAUAACAGAGUUGAGUAUCUUCUUUCGUGAGUUAACCUCCACGUCUCUAACAGAGAAAGAUCUAGAUCGUAUGAGGCUUGAAAUCCCAAAGAUAUUGUGUAAGCUCGAACGUAUUUUUCCUCCCAGCUUUUUUGACUCCAUGGAACAUUUACCCGUACAUCUACCGUACGAAGCUAUGAUGGCAGGGCCGAUAUUUGAGAAAACUGAAAAAAAAGUGAGCAAUAAAGGGAGGGUGGAAGGAAGUAUUAGUAGCAGAUACUUAAAUGAAGAAACCGCAAAAUUUGCAGCUUAUUAUUUUUCAGAAGGUGACCCAAUGAUACCUGAGCGGCUGCAAAGAAAUGAAGUUUCUGACAUUGAAGUCGACGACGAUGUUGACAGACUAUCUAUUUUCAAGCCGCACGGGCAAUCAGUGGGUGCUUGCCGCAAGAGAUAUCUUGAAGAUGCUGAGAUUGUUGCUGCUUGGACAUAUGUUCUGUUGAAUUGUUCAGAAAUUGAAAAUUACAGAGAGGUUUUCGAAGGCGAGUUGCGCAGAGGAAACCCUGAAAUCAGCACCUCGCAAAUUGAAGCAAAGUUCGAGAGUGACUUUGCCUACUGGUUUCAACAAUAUGUGCAAGAUCCAAUUGUCUGUACCAAUCCCUUCAUUCUUAGUCUCGCUAAAGGACCUCUUAGAUCAUUCAGAACAUUUAAGGGGUACCGUGUAAACGGGUUCAAGUUUCAGACUCAAGCUUAUGGGGAGGAACAACUUACAAUGAAUAAGUAUCCAGCGCUUCCAAUGAAAACGACUGUCUUAUUUAAAUGCGAAUGGUUCGACCCAGCGCAAAAUUCAGGCACAAUUAGUAACAAAAAAUACAACAUGGUGGAUAUUUAUAACAGAAAGAGAUACAACAAGUAUGAACCGUUCAUCUUAGCCGAACAGGCCGACCAAGUUCAUUACCUGCCAUAUCCGAGUAAAAGAAGGGAUAAAAUAAAUUGGUGGGCAGUUUGCAGGAUAAAGGCGCGAUCAGAGCUUGACAUGCCCGAGGGGAUUAUCCAGGCCUUUCAAGAUGACAUAGAAGAAAAUCCUCUCGUUGAUGCAACAGAAGACAAUCCGACAUAUUUAGCUGAUCAAACUGGAGAAGCUGAAGAAGAUGCGUUGUUCAUGGCUCCUGAACAAGAAACAGAAGAUGAGUUCGUCGCAUCCUCAUCAGACGAAGAUGAAAGCGAAGAACUUUAG